ACGUGGCCGCGUGGCGCUUGCCCUGAGCCCGGCGGAGGAAGGAGGCUGGCCGGAGUGAGAUCGCGACCGGCUCAGAGCCGCCUGGAGGAGCUGGUGAGUAGAGCGGUGUUGCCUUCCGGAGCGUACCCGUAGCAGGAACCGGACUGAUUUCCUCCAGAGUUAGCAUCGAGGCUUAAAAACCAACCACAGACUCCAACAGUCCAACUGCCUUGGAAGAGCGUGACAAAGAGCUGUCCAGGGCCACCAUGGAGCCCGCCAAGAGCGUCUCUUCCUGCGAGUCGUUGUAUUCAGUCGAGAGCACCGCCAGCGAGGACGAGGAGGAGGAGCGCGGCAGCGACUUCGAGGUCUUCCUCUCGGACAGCGGGAGCGAGGCCGAGAAGGAGGCGGGCCCUCUGAGAGGCCGGCGCGGCGCCUACCCGGCCGGGCAGAACUUUUUCUUCUCUCCGCAGUCGGGGCGGACUCAUCCAGGCCUCCGCUGCCGGGACCGCACGGGCCGGGCCCGGAAGCCCCAUGACUUGCUGCCGCCUUCCGGGCUGCGGCCUAGCGCUCACUGUUGCCGUUACCCCAUGCCGCUAGCGGAGCCGUACUGUCGCCGUUUGGAGGAGACGGGCGGGAGCCUGCCCUGGAAGUCCGGGAGCCAAAAGGGGGCAGAGAACAGUGGGCGGAAACGCCUGAGCAGCGCCAUGGGAGGCGGCCGGUCCCACGGGUAUCCGCCGCCGCCGCCGCCGUCCCUGCGGGAGAUCAAGAGGCAGCGGAAGAAGGAGGUGGAAGCCAAGGAUGUUCCGCGCUCGUCCUGUUGGACUGCGGGAGACCAGUUGUUUGCACAGAAGUGCUGGGAACUCCAGGGCUUUGUCCGUCCUCUGAUGGGGCUUCUCAACAGAUUGAAGAUGGGCCGCUUUGACCGAGGGCUAAGCAGCUUCCAGCAAAGUGUGGCAAUGGACAGGAUCCAGCGGAUUAUCGGAGUCCUUCAGAAGCCAGAAAUGGGGGAACGCUACCUGGACACCUUGUUGCAGGUGGAACGGAUGCUGAAAGUAUGGUUCCCUCAGGUGGCCCUGAAGAACCUAUGCGCCAACUGUGACCCGACCACAGAAAUGCCAUGCCAAACAGUGAAGCCUCAGCAGCCGCCCACGGAGGAGCACGUCGCAGGAAGGAGGGGGGCAGCCAGCCGAGACUCCGUGCAGAGCCCCCCCACGGAAGAGCUCCACCAGACGCACCUCACGGCCCCGGGCGUCUCCGAUGGCAAAGGCGGUGCCCUGUGGGGGGAGCCAGUCCGCUUCCUGACCGACUGGCCGGCCAUGAACUUGACCUGGAUCCACACUUCGCCCAUUUCUAACCCUCCCUUGGGGCACAUGGACCUGAGCCGGGUGAACUCUGCCUUCGGGCAGGCCCUGCUGGGGCCCAACGCUGGCGCCUAUGGGGUGGUCGUCUUCCUCCAGAACAACCCGGCCGCCCCCAUCGCCUUCGGCCCCUCUGCUUCCAUGACUCCGGUCCCUGGUUCCCCCACCUGUUGCCAUUCUAGCAGCCCACUUCCAGGCUCCGGGGAACCUCCCCGCCCCCAGAGCCUCCCCGGUGCCACAGUCGUGGGCGAGGGCCUCUUGAGAGGGACCCUCCACGGCCACUCGAGGUCUCUGCCCCACCUGCCUACAUCAGAGCAUUCUGAGGGGUGGGACGCGACCAGCCGAAAGUCUGCGUAUUACUGUGACUCCUGAUUAUCGGCUCCAUGCAGCUCCCGCAAUGUGUGAAUUUCCUUUCACCCCCUCACCCCCUUUUUUUAAACAAAUGGUUCUGCCUUCUUGUGUCUAUUAUUACUGUGUUUUUUUAACUUAAAACAUUUCAUGUGUGUGAAACAAACAAAGCAGAUGGGAGGGGGAGACAUCCUUGGUCUUAAUAAAAAGGCGCUGUGGCGGUUGUCACCAGCGAGUUUGUGGCA